AGAUUAUAAAUGUUAAAAAAGAAAUAAUAAACAUUCGUAAAUAUGGAGAAAAAUAUAGAUGACAUAUGCAAUGCUAUUGAUAAACUUGUUUUACGUAAUUUGGAAUUAAUCGAGGAAAAAGUUUCUACCAAUGUUCAAAUGGAAUUACUACUUCGUUCUGGACAUAUAGAAUUAGCUAAAGCAAGAUAUAUCAGUGGCAAAGAAAACGUUAGUAUUCUCCAAAUUCCAGUUAAUAUGGAGAAUAUAUCAUCCCUAUUUGAACUUGAAUCUAAGUUUACAGAAGAAUCGGAUGGUAAAACAUCUUCUUUCGACAUUAGUCUAAGAAAAGAAAAUGAAUUCAACGAAGAUAUUCAAAAUCCUAUCAAAUGGUUUGGUGUUUUGGUUCCACGAAAUUUAAGAACUGCUCAAAAAUAUUUUCAAGAAUCAGUAUACCUUGCUGCAAAAGUAGCAAACAUACAUUGCGAAUUAGAUUCUAUUGCAAAUAAAUUGAAAGCUUUGUAUCUAUUGAAAAAUGCAUUUUCUAAACAAACGGAAUAAUGUUAUUGAAGAGAUAAGUGUAUAAAUUGUUUAAUAGUAUGUUGUAAUCAUAAUUUUAUCA